ACCUCCCAGUCCUUCCAGUGCACGGGCAGCAGUGCGCGCCCCCCGCGGCAGAGGACCCCGCUGCUGUGCACCGUGAACGCGCCUCUCGUCCAUGCGGCGUGGAUAAAGAAAGAAGCAAGCCGGAGAUAGACGGACAGGAAGCCAAAGCGGGGCGCUCAGGCCGGGCUGCUCCCCUCCUCUGAAGCCGGUCCAGGUGUCCGGAGGUCCGGUUCUGCUGCUCGGCUCCUCCGCUCUUUGUCCGCCCGCUGCACAACGACACUGGGGCCGGUGUGUCUGCUGAGGACGCUGCACCGGAGGCGGAUCGGUAGUUGAACGGACUGGUGGAGCAGAGUUUCCCUCAGUGAUGAGAUCUGCUGGAUUUUAUCACCUUUUGUUCGGGAAUCAGCGCUAAUUAGCGACUCAUUCAGCCUCAGGGAGCCCGGGCUGGUGUCAGGGUCCCGGCUGGAGGUUCGGCUCCUCCUCGGAGGGUUUACCAGGCGGAAUAUUUAAUUUUUAUUCUCAUUGUUACAACAUCUGACUGUGAGGAGCGUCUGCGGAGCUCCGUCUAUUGUGUGGAGAGUCUGUCCCGGUCCUCCUCCCCGGUCCUCCCCGGUCCAGCAGCACCAUGCCGGAGUGUGUAUCUGUGUGUGAGUUCGUGCAGGAGGUCCAGGAGGACUGGAGCUCUCCCACCACCUCCUCCUUCACCUCCAAGAUGAUCAGCUGCAGGAACACCGUCUACCUGCUGGAGGAGGUUCUGGACAGCGACCGGUUGGUGCUGCAGAAGAUGAAGAAAGCUGCGAAAGCCAAAUACACAUCAGGACAAGAUCACGUUUCUCACCUGGAGCAGUACAUCAACUCCAUGGAGAAGCUGUCGGUCAACUGCCACUCAAACGGAGAGACGGAGGUCGGAUCCGCCUUCUGCCGCCUGGCCGACUUUUCCAAAGAGCUGCUGUCGCCCAUGAAGAACCUGUUAAAGAGCAUGCUGCACAACAUCAACUUCUUCCUGGACUCUGUGGUUAAAGGAGACCUGCGGGAGGUGAAGGGGGAUCUGAAGAAGCCUUUCGACAGAGCCUGGAGAGACUAUGAGAGCAGAUUUAAGCAGGUGGAGAAGGAGAAGAGGGAGCUGGCUCGGCAGUAUGGGAUGGUGAGGAGCGAGGUCAGUGGAGGAGAAAUCGCCGAGGAGCUUGAGAAGGAGAGGCGCUCCUUCCAACUGAGCAUGUGCGAGUAUCUGAUUAAGGUGAACGAGAUCAAGACGAAGCGAGGCGUCGACCUGCUGCAGAACCUCAUCAAACACUACCACAGCCACAACAAUUUCCUGCAGGAGUGUGUUUCCACCACUCAGAGGCUGAAGCAGUACAUGGAAGAGCUGAAUGGAGUCCUGACCACAGUGAAGCAGCGUCAGGAGGAAGAGAAGAAGCAGCUUUGUGCCCUCAGAGAUCAACUGAGGCCCGUUGUCCAACCAGAGCAGGACUCGUUGCCGAAGCAGGUGUACAGCAUGCAUCAGCUGCUGGGAGAUAAACAGUACGGAACAGAGAGGUCAGGGUUCCUCUACAAGAAGAGUGACGGGUUGAGGAAAAUGUGGCAGAAAAGGAAAUGUUCGGUUCACAACUGUUACCUGACCAUCGCACACGCUACUCCUAACAAACCUCCCACCAGACUGAAUCUUCUCACCUGUCAGGUUAAACCCAGCGUGGAGGACAAGAAGUGCUUCGACCUCAUCUCUCAUAAUCGGACGUAUCACUUCCUGGCUGAGGAUGAACCUGAAUGUGUGGCCUGGAUCUCGGUGCUCAGUAACAGCAAGCAGGAAGCUCUGAGCGUUGCUCUGGAUGGCGGUCGGAGAGGAGGUGGAGGCGGCGAGAGCAGCGUGGAGGAUCUGACCCGAGCCAUCACCGAUGACAUACGACGCAUGCCAGGAAACAGCAGCUGCUGUGACUGUGGAGCUCCAGAUCCUGGAUGGCUCUCCACCAACCUGGGCAUCCUCACCUGUAUCGAGUGUUCAGGGAUCCACAGGGAGAUGGGCGUCCACGUGUCCAGGAUCCAGUCUCUGAGCCUGGACAGUCUGGGAACCUCAGACCUGCUGUUGGCCAGGAAUGUUGGUAACUCUGGUUUUAAUGAAAUACUGGAGGCAAACCUGCUGAGUACAUCUCUGAAACCCUCCCAGCACAGCCACAUGGCGGAACGUAAAGACUUCAUCCUGUCUAAGUACCAGGACGUUCACUUUGUGAGGCGAAGCCACAGUUCAGCUGCAGCGCUGCGACUCGGCCUGCAGGAGGCAACAAAGAGCUGCGACAUUUACAGUCUGAUACAACUGUACGCUCAGAGGGCGGAGCUUAGCCAGCCGCUGCACAUCCACAUACAGGAGAAAGGUGAGACGGCGCUCCAUCUAGCCGUCCUAUUGGCUGACAGGACAUCGCUGCAUAUCCUGGACUUCCUGGCUCAGAACUGCUCUAACGUGGACACUCCAACGUCAGCAGGAAACACUGCACUGCACUACAGUUGUUUACACAACAAGAGCGACUGUGUGAAACUGCUGCUGAGAGCCAGAGCCAACACACACAUCAAGAACGAUUUGGGAGAAACUGCUCUGGAUGUGAGUCGCAGGUUGAAGCACAACCACUGUGAGGCGCUGCUCCAGCAGGCCCAGUCCAACCAGCUGGACCACCACGUCCAUGUGGAGUACGAGUGGAGGCUUCGCCAUGACGACCUGUACGACAGCGACGACGACUUCGAAGACAAGAACGGUCCAGUGAAGAAGGAGCGCUCCUCCUCCUCCUCCUCUUCCUCCUUCACUCCCUCCUUCUCCUUCUCCUCUCGGCCCUUCAGCUUCAGUCAGACCUCCUCCUCCUCCUCCUCAGUGGCUCCGUCCUCCUCAGCAGCUCCAGGUCCAGCAGCUGGAGGCCUCCUCAGCGUGGGUCGGAGGUUAGCCAUGGCCAUGGAGCUCCACAGCCGCCCGUCAGGCUCCGCCCCCAGCCCGCCACCGCCACCGCCAUCCUCCCCCGCCCCCCCGCUGCCCCCCAGGGUUAAAGCUCCCAGCGUUCCUCCUCCUCCUCCCCCGGCUGGAGGGGAGGGUUUGAGGGAGGAUGAGGAGGAGGGCGAGGUCUUUUUCAACCUGACGACCAACAGGAAGACGACUCCUCCGCCUCCCAUCGCCGCCCGCAACAAGAGAAGCUGCUCUGAGUCCAGCAGGCUGGAUUAUGGGAUGCCGACCAGCCCCAGGAUCUACAGUGGCCCCGAGUCCUCCUUCAAGAAGUGUGUUCCAUCGUCUCCUCUCAGUUCUCUGACUGAACGACCAGAUAGAGGUUUCCGGCGGGCGGAGAGCGACUGUAGCUCCUCGCACUUCCUGCACCCUUCCAGCAAAGCCCCGCCCAACGGCUCCCCAACCAAUCCGCGCUCUCAGAGCUUUGAAUUUGACAGCAGAGGCCCUGCCCCCCAGCCGCUUCCUCGCAGGUCAUUGCCUCGGGGAUCAGCCAGUCGGAGGGCUCAGGCUCUGUACGACUGUCAGGCCGACCACCACGACGAGCUGAGCUUCUCUGAAGGUCAGGUUCUGGUGGUGCUGGGGCAGGAGGACAGUGAUUGGUGGCACGGAUGCAUCGAGGACGAACCCGACCAGAGAGGUUUGUUUCCGUCCUCCUUCGUCCAGCUGCUGUCGGACUGACAGAUCUGAUCCUGGACCAGAACCUGCAGCUGCCGACGGUACGAUCCUGAUCCACCCUCCAGACACAUGCCGUGUCACGUGACCAUGUUCCGGGCGCCUUCAUGCCUUCUGUUGCCAUGGAAACGUUACCGUUGACCUUUCCGGUUCCUUUUUAUUUAUUCAUUUAAAGUCAAAAAGGGUAUUUUAUUAAGCACAUGGACAACACACACAGCAAUCCACUUGUACCUUUAAUUUAUUGAUUUUAAUUUAUUUACGGAGUCGCUGCUGCUGCUCUUCGGACUUUUCCUCUUCAUCGGUGCAGGACCAGAAACUUUAAACCCACCAGAGCACAAAGAAUUCUGAGACGCCGAAGACCAAAGCUGUAACUUUCAGGUGAACUGAAGACGUUUCAGAUCCAUGAGCUUCAGCAGACGUCUGAAUCAGGAACCAUCCGACGCUUCCAGCUGCCUUCAAAGUCCCGAGAAAAUCCCAACACCUCAGCGAGUAAAGCGGCAGGUCAGGAAUAACGAUCCUCGGUGUCUUUUUAAAUGUUUCUCACACAAUAACAAGAUAUUUUUCUCUCAACUACAAAACCAAAAGAUUCAACAAGAAACUUAAAAUAUCAGAGGUAAGGGGAAAAAGUAAACUCAAGUACAUUUUAAUCAGAUAAAAAUAGAAAGGAAAUGAGUUAAAAUAUACGGAGUGGUUUUUUUUUUUUAACUUUGAGCAAAAAUGUGACAUCUUAAGGUAAAAAAUAGCUCAGACAUCCUUAAUUUUACUCCUCUGCUGCAUCUUUUGUACUUUUACUCUCAAAAACUGCAGGAAUUGAUCAUGUAACUUUGGUUUUUACUGUGUAUUGAUCUUAAAAGCAGCAAAAAUACUUCAGUAAACCUGCACAGAGUACACAAAAUAACUACUGAUGUACAAUCCUGGUUGUAGCAACACAUCUCUUUACAAUAAAAUACCUUUUGCCAGUAAAUCUUGUUAAAGGAACAAAUAAUUCUUAUUAAAAAGUGACAUCAGCUGAUCAAGAAGCUUCUUUUUUUUCCCUACAAAGUAAAGUUUCUUGUUAAAACCCGCUCAAACUUGUAAACUGAAAAAUAUCUUGUUAUAAGAAGUCUCCGAACUUUUGCCUCCGGAGUUUGUACGACUUUUCUAGGAGGAAACAAAAAACAAAACUUCUGGAGUUCAGUUUUCAGAUAUUUUGAUUUCUUUAUUAUUAUUGCAUUCAAAGUGACAGCGGUAGGUUCAUGUUCUCUGCCAUCUGUUUGGCAUCUAUGAAUGAACCGAUGGUCAGCAGGUUGUUAAGAGAAACUCACAUCGAGACUCCGAUUCACAGAAACCGAUAAAAGGUCGAAGCCAGGAUUUUUUUAAGGAUUGUUGCUGUUUUCUUGUUUUCUUGAAGUUUUAUCUUUAUUCUGCUUCAUAAGAACAGCCGGUGUGUUGGUUCAGUCCAGUUAGAACACAGUUUAUAGAAACAAUCUGCAGAUACAGAAACACAAAUGUUGCAUUUGUUGAUUUUAAAAGGUCGAUCUUUGACGUUUGGUUGUUUUUUGGACUUUAGCUGCUGUUUAAACCUGCAGGUCUUCAAUGAAACACUCAAGUACUUCGAGUUAAAGGCACCACAAACUAAUCUGCAGAUUUAAACAGCAACAUCUGGACAAACGGCUUUAUAAACAAUUAUCAGACCACCUUUCUGUCUCUUCUUCUGUGGUUCUUGGUGGAACUAUUCUGCGUUUUCUUCUUCAGGUUGUAAAAGAUGGCGUUUUGCGGAUUCCAGACCAGUUAGAAGGUUAAAGAUCUUCUUGUUUUUGUGUAAAAAUUCAGUUUGGAUUAUCUGUUGAUGUCACAUGUGCAGCUUCUCAAAUCAAACUAAAUGAUCAGCGCUGAAUAAAGAUGCAAAUUUUCACUAGUUUCCUUAAACCGAUAGUUGGAAUCAGCAGCUUUAGUAAUCAAUAAUCGAUUGUUCAUGUCCUUGUUACAGUCACAUGAUAGAAACAUUUUUUCCAGCCUCUGCAACAUGACAUAAAGCACCUAUGUAGCACAAUUCAUUGGUUCCAGUCUUGAAAUACCACUAAGGUGGCGCGAUUUAGUGCAACUAAUCAUGAGCUGUGGUUGGAGGUCAUUAAGUGUCACAGGAGCCGUUGUCAUGGUUGCACUUUCGUAGCUGAACUUCCACAAUGCUCUCUGCUGGCCAACACGAAAAUGACAUAAGUUCGCUACCUCUGGUCUCUGUUGUGGAAGUUCAGGGACGGUGAGGCAGACAGAGACACACUGGAGACUGAGAGGACUUAGGUUAGUAAUGUUCACUGAUAUCAGGAGAAGUGACACCGACAGAACAGCAGUUCAUGCAAGCAACGCCAGCUUCAGUUCUGAGGAUUCUCUUUGAUCUUUGGGUAAAUAUUGUAGUUGGAAGAAGGUCAUAUUUAGAUUACAGACCAAUAUGGAGACAAUUCGUCUUCUUUGUCAUGUCAGAAUAGACAAAUAUAGGGGGGUCUGGACUUGCGUCACAAUUCCGUUCCUACUGCACGACGUAAUGCAAUUUUCUCCGUAAGUCGGAACUCACAUAGGUACAUAAGUACUUAUGUCACUCACCUACACUAACACAGUGGUAAAAUCAUAAUCUAGGACAUAGAAACACUUGGGAGCCAUGAUGGAGGACAAAAAGUUUUAAAAAAAGACAAAAGAAAGUGAAUGUAGCACAAUCCAAUGUGGCGUACAACCGGCGAAUAUAAACAAAGCCGUUUUCCUCGUAUAGCGGCGAGUGGUGACGUAUUCAUCCAAUCCACUCGCCAACUAGUUCCCACGCGAAAUUUGUUUUAACAUCGCAAACGCGCUACGUCGGAAUGAUGGAAGAAGACUUCCUUAAUAAAUUUAUGGAAGAUGGCGACAUAACCACAGAACGCCGUAGGUCGAGGACGUAAUUUCUAACCUCAACCAAAGCAGAAAGUCCUGGCAUAUCUGUUGCCUACAGCGUCUGCCUGUUGGAAGAUAAUUUAAAAAGUUAGGAGGAAUUUUUCCUUCGCAGUCUCUACAGUCUUAAACAAUAAGGCUAGUGGAACAACCGGGUACUAAAGCUGAUCUACAUUUACUGACAUGCAUGUUUUCUGCUUUAUCGGGUAAUAUGUUUUUAAUCAUUUAAAUCUAUGGCAAUUAUUGGAACAAUAAGUAAUCACUAAAAUCCUUAUUUUUUAAGCCUUUUACAAAGAAAGCAGCAGGUGGUCUAAUAAUUAGUACUAAAGCACCAUUUAUCAUCAAGUGUCUCAUCUUUGUGUUUUCUGUAUCUGCUGGUUGUUUCUUUAAACUGUUUGCUGCAGCUGGAUCAACACACCUGGUGAAACAUACAGCGAGUGAAAGCAAAUCUAAACCUUCGUUUUGACCCUCGCAGGUUUCCGUAUUCAUCAGAGUCUGGGUGUGAACACAAUGAUAAACUGAAUUAAAGCUACAUUAACUGAACGCACAUCUCACACGUCUGGUUUGGUCGGCGCUCGGUUCUAAAUCUAGACAUAUUUACGGUGGAAUCACAAGCAGCUGAUUUAAAUCUGCAGAGAACAAACUCCACGUUUUCCACACUGCAGGGAAUCUGAUGAGCACAACUUUGGAUUUAAAGGCACAAUAAAGUGAAGCGUGAAGAAGCAAAUGUGUUUACAACAGCUUUCAAACCCUUUCAGCCAGACGUUGAAUCAAGCUCGGGGCCGCUGCUCUGUCAUUUAGAGCCUGAACUCCGCUUUACGGGACAUCGGAGCUCCUUGUGAACAAGAUAAUUACUUUGUUUAGCUGGCAGGAGGUUUUCUUGAACAAAGCUACAAAGUGUUAAACUCAGCAGCGAAUGACGACGUUCAAAACAAGCAGCAGAUGUUUUAUAUUAAACCGAAGCUUCUGCCAGCUCAGCAGUUGGAUUUAUGAGACCAAGGCUGUGUUCAAAACCACCGAUUGCAUACUAGCGACCAAAGCAGGCAGCUUGUCAUACUACUGUGUGCCAUUGUAGUAUGCAGUACUCUUAUAUUGUGUUAUUUUGCAGUAUUUUAUGGCAGAUUUAGAUGGUUUCUGUUUUUUGUCGCAUCCAAUUUUUCUUGAAAAGUCCAGGAGAAGUUAAAAAUGUGGAUGACAAAUGAUUGGAAAUAGGAUCAGAUUCUCAGGAGUUUUGUCACAUAACUGUUAUAAAUCGUGAGUUUAAGGUAGUUCUCCUGGUAUUUCUGCCUUGAAACAUAACAUUAAUCUGGGUGCUUUUUAAUCAGAGUUGCUGACUGAUACUACCAGCAUCAGUCACAAUGAUAAGGUUACCUUUUAAAGUAAAAUUUAGUUAUACCUCUGCCUAUAAUAAAAAUCUAAAACUCAAGCCAGCCAAGAAAUCUUCUGGUGGUAAAAGUCCAUAUAGUCAUGUCACUUCAGCAAAGUUGUUAUGAAGUGUUGAGACAAAGUGAAUGAGGUAAACUGGAGACGUUUCUAGAAUCAGUUCAACAUCCAGGUAUUUUUACAAACUGCAGAUUUUGCGUUCUACAUUUUGGUUCUGCAGCUGUAGUCGGUGGUUUUGAACGCAGCCCACCUGACAGAGCAGCAGCCUCCAGAUGAUAUUUCAGCAUUUAUGAUCAUCUAUAGCUCCUCGGUGUGCUUCAAACAAACUGCUCUUUGUGUUUGAAACCCCCUUUUCCCAACAGUGCAGCAACUUCUUUCACUUUAACAACUGAGUGAAGCACUGAAACAUGAAGUUUGUUUGAAGCAGAUUGAGUCGGUUUCAGGGCGGUUUCACACCGACACGUCUGUCAGGAGACCAAACAUUCAGUCUUAUCAGCACUUUUACUGAUCCUGUACCUAAAUCAAGCAGAGGGAUGCACCAUGAAGCAAGUUCAACAUAUCCGGGUUCUUUGGAUAAUGAAAACCUAAAACCCCAGAUAAAGAACUGGUGAAAGACAGAUUAUUUAAAUUUAAAACUCUGAACAGAAUCUCAGUUACCAUGGUGAUCUAGCUGGUUAAUUAAAGGCACCUUUAUGACACUGAAAACUUAGACUUAAGGCUCAAAAUAGCUGCUAACACGUUAAUCUUGCUUUGUAUUGCAGCCCUCAGGAAACCUCAGCUAAGCAUCUUCAGACAAAUAUGUUGGAAUCCAACUGGAAAACUGCACAUUUGUGGCAUUUUCAUAAAGAAAAUGGUCGAGUUAAGAAACCUACAAGCAGAACAGUGAGGUUAAAGAGCUAACACAAGACUUUACUAAGUGUACACUUUAAAAACUGCAAUUCUGAGGAUGUUGUUCAUGUGGAUGAAUAAAUAUCUCACAUCCACUAGGGGGCAGAUCAGGGAUGAAUUACAAUGUUAAAUUCCACAAUUGAAAGUAAAAUUUACACAUAUUUUCCUUUUAAAAUUUGCACAAUGUAAACAUCAGGGUUCAUUGUGGUAACGAGAACUACAAGAAAAAUGUUAAUUGCCGUCCUUGCUAACUUUUAAAAGCGAAGAAAUGUCUUGAAUUAACAAAUUAACUAGUUGAAUGUUAAUUAUGCCCACGUCGAUUAUAUUAAACAUCCAUGUGCAGCACAAAAUUCAUGAAAGUUCUUUUUAUGUUCUUUCUCAAACGUUACUGCACUGUUUUAUGGUUUGUAGAGUCUAAUGGUUUUGAGUUUAAGGCUACGAGGUGUGAUCAGAAAGCGCUGAUUCGUUGUUAGCAGUAGCUUUCACGAGGCAGGAUGUGUUUUUGUGACCACUUCCAGGUUUACGAUUUCACCAUGGGCUUACAGAAGCAGCAUCAUGUCAAAGUUUGUGACAUCAACAGCACGAAAUGAUCCAAUCUUCUUGUGGAGAAUCAUCACCGGUAUCCAGAGGAGGGUCAACAGCUCCCAUCCAGAGAACAAACAGCAGUCUAACAGUAGGAGAGCUGUAGUUUCUGCUCGCUGUUGUUUUCAAAAUGCUGGUACACCAUGAACUUGUUUUUCACAGUCGGACUGUCAACUGAUGGUUCUACUGUAACGUCCUGAGGAGUCUGACGAAGAACAUUUAAAGGACUUGAACUGUGGAACAAAAGCAUCUAACACAACACUCACCACAAUCGUUGCUCUCCAUCUGCUCGACUUACCAGAUUUGUCUCCCUGUGACUUUAGUCAUCUACCCCCCAAAAAACUUGAAGUUUAAGAGUUGCUGUUUUGACAGAGUUCAAGAGAUUCAGCUCAUCACUGAUUCCAGGGAGCAUUACAAGUGUUGCAGGAGCACUAGCAACAGAGCAUCACUGCACAAGGACACUACUUUCAUGUGGAUGGCGGCCAAAUAGAAAUCAGGUAUGGUGUUUACUUCUUACAGGCACAGUCUUGAAACUUUUUGAUCACACCUUUUAUGCAUAAAUACACAGAUAAAAGCAAAUAUGCAGGGUGUGAUCAUGAGAUCGUGCCUAUAAAAAGCAAAAACUGUACCUAGUUUGAAUUUAACUUCCAUCCCUGUUGGAGUAAGUGUCCUGGUACAGUGAAACUCUGCUCCCAGUGCUCCUGCAACCCUCCCUGAAUAUCCUGUUUGGUAAGUGCAUCAAGCACCACCUGUGAUGAACUGAAUCUCAUAAACUGUGUCAAAAUGGUGGGAUUUAAACCAGAAUUUCCUUUGGGGGAAGAAGUCGUCGUCACUGGGAGACAAAUCUGGUGAGUAAGACGGGAGGAAAGCGACGAUUGUGCUGUUGUGGCCAAAAAAACCUGCUGGUUUUCACCAAGCUGAGAGACUUUGGAGUACCAACAUGUCAAGUGUUUAGCUCCAAAUGUUUUCCGUCAGACAUCUCAGGACUUUACAGUUGAACUCUGCGUUGACAGUCCAACUCUGAGGGACGAAUUCAUGGUAACAACUCCAUGAAUGUUGAAGAAAACUGUUAGACUGCUGUUUGUUCUCUUGGUGGUAGCUGCAGACCUCCUGUGGUCACCAGGUCGGAUCGUCCAGCUGCUGUUUGCCCUGUGAAAGGUUGGGAAUUACUCAUGUCCAGCUGGCAGUGUCACAAACACGAGUAACACAAGUCCUGAUGUUGAUAUAACUGAUGCUGACUACUCAUAUGUUGCACAUACAGCCAACAACAGCUGAUUGUUCAUCAUAUUAGCGCUCAAGAUCAACAGUAGAUUUCAGGUUUUUGACUCAAACAAACUUGGUAUGAAAGCGCCCUGAAACUCCUCUCAGAGUAAACGAAGCUACUAACAUUCAGAUGACCGUGAUUGACAAUCAGCAACAGUUUUUGAACAUUCACAGUACAGGCGUGUCACCUCCCAGCUCCCACCUGCUGGACUCUUCAGUCUCUCUCCGUUGAAAUGGUUAUUUUUGGUUGGACUGUGAGUAAAAUUGCACUACAUCUUCCACUCAUCCGUUCAUGGCACACACCGGUGAUGUUACUGAUUGUAUGAUAAGUUUUGUUAAAUAAAUCUUGAGUUGAAGUCGUA